AUGGCCGGUGGUGGAGCAUUGAAUAAUUUAUUUCCAGGAUACAAGGAUAAAAUAUGGUUAAAACUUCCUUAUCAGUUUCGAGUAUAUUUAAUAAAAUCAUGGAAUAAGGAAUUUGAAAGAAAUAUAUCAAAAGCGAAAAUAAAAAAUAAUAGAAUAAAAAAUUUAAAUUUCUACAUAUUAGAUAAAUUAAAACCCAAUGAUAGUUAUAAAAAUAGUCACACAGAUUAUAAAAGACAGAUUUGUAGAGGAACCUUAGAAGAAGGAUGUGACUUUUACUUACCAGAUAAAAAAAGUCAGGAUAGAUUGAAAAAUCAUUUAGAACCAUAUACCGAUGAAGAAAAUGAAAAUAGAAAAAAUUUUAAAUAUUUAAAUUUAAAAUAUUAUUUACUAUGUGCAUUUGGUUUUACUAUCAUACACAAUUCUUUUCAAUCAAGACCAGUUGCAUGGUGUAUGGAUUCAGAACCACCACAUCCUCCACAUUAUCCAUUUUGGUUUAAAUCACUUUUUCAUUCUCAUGAUAUACCAAGUGUAAGAAGAGGUUUUGAGGUUUAUAGGCAAAUUUGUGCAACAUGUCAUUCGAUGGAACAGUUACAAUUUCGUCAUUUAGUUAAUGAAGUUUAUCCUGAGAACAGAGUAAAACAAAUAGCAGCAUCUUAUGAUAUAGUAGAUGGCCCUGAUGAUAAAGGAGAGAUGUUUACAAGACCAGGCAUUUUAACAGAUUCUUUUCCAAAACCAUAUCCAAAUGAUGAGGCAGCAAGAUAUGCAAAUGGAGGAGCUGUACCACCAGAUUUAUCAGUUAUAACAUCAGCUAGACAUAAUGGACCAGAUUAUUUAUUUGCAUUGUUAACAGGUUAUCGUGAUCCACCACAAGGAGUUGUAUUAAGACCUGGCUUGUAUUACAACACAUAUUUUCCUGGUGGAUCUAUAUCUAUGCCACCACCACUUCAAGAUGAUAUGAUUGAAUAUGAAGAUGGGACACCAUGUAAUGUUUCUCAAAUGGCGAAAGAUGUAGUAAACUUUUUAUGUUGGGCAACGGAACCUACACAUGAUGAAAGAAAAUUAACAGCACUAAAAUUAAUUUGUGGUGCUUUUGUUGCAAUGGUAUUAAUGACUGUAUGGCAAAGAUUUUUUUGGACAGUUUAUGCUACCAGAAGAAUUGAUUUUGGAAAAGUAAAAUAUCUAUAA